AUGUUGAUUUCAGCGCGAGUACCAUUAUGCUAUCUUUCAGCACGUGGAGAUUUCGAGGAUGGUUACGUACGUGGUUUUCGUGAUGCGAACAAACUGGGUAGUGCGUCAGCAGCGCGACGACGAAUGGACGACGAUUAUGGCAGCCGAGACGACCGAUUUCAUGAGGGAUAUGUUAAGGGUUUGAGAGAUGCGGGCAUGACAGGUAUGAGUACAUCGAUGCAUAAUUUGGCGCAGCGUGGCGCUGGUGCGGGCUAUUCGUCUGGUUAUAUGCAAGGUUUUCGUGAUGGUAAUUCGGGCAUAUUCGGUGACCGAAUAAGUACCAGUCUGCUGCGAAGAUUGGAGGAGCAGUAUCCAAAUCAGGAAGAAUUUAGGACUGGAUAUAUUGAUGGAUUUAAGGAGGGGGUGGGAAGCAGAUCUACGGAAAAGAGAGUGAGCGCUAACUUCUCGUAUUUGCACAUAAUUUUUAAGGGUACAGAAAUUUUACAUAAUUCUUCAUUCUUAAAACUCAGGCGGCUUUUGAAGAGGUAG